AUGGGUAAAAAGAAGAAUAAGAAUAAAGUCAGCGGUGCUGUUAAGACUGCAGUCAAGACAGAGAAAAAAUUAGCAAAUAAACUAAAGAAAGAACUUGCUAAUUUGGGUGAGGAAGAUAUUACAAAAGUAAUAGCAGAGAUUGAACGUGAAGAAGCGAAAAGAGCUGCAGCUUCAGAAAAAAAUCUUUCGUGUCCUCCAUCUCCCCGGGCCUAUGCUUCUCUCACUCCACACCCGUUAAACAAUGAGCUUAUCAUGUUUGGUGGCGAAUAUCAUAAUGGACAACAGACAGAAAUAUACAAUGAUCUGUUAUUCUUCAACCCUGUUAAUAAUUCCUGGAAACAAAUAAAAGCACCUGGUGCUCCACCGCCUCGAAGUGCACAUCAAGCUGUUUCAACACCAGCAAAUAAGGGAGAGCUAUGGAUAUUUGGGGGAGAGUUUACAAGUCCGACAGAAACUCAAUUCUAUCACUACAAAGAUUUAUGGUGUUUUUCAUUGGCAGACAAAAAAUGGGAAAAGGUAGUUGCUCCAAAUGGACCAUCACCUCGCUCUGGUCAUAGAAUGGUUCUUCUCAGCAGAAAGCUCUUUAUCUUCGGAGGAUAUUCUGAUGAUGGCAGAGAGUGUCGGUAUUUUGAUGACCUGUAUACAUUUUGCUUAGACACUCGACAAUGGACAAAACUGAUCCCAAAUGGGCGGGGACCAUGUCCACGAUCUGCCUGCGUCAUGUUACCAGUCGGGAAUGAUGGGCUAAUAGUAUAUGGUGGCUUCUCUCGUGUACGUGAAGGGCGUACUGAAAGAACACAAACACAUACAGAUAUGUUCAAGCUAAGCUGCAAGGGAUCUAGCUGGUCAUGGCGAGCUCUAUCUGGAGGGACAACAGCUCGCGCUGGACAAGCUGCCACUGUUAAUCCACAUAGCAAUAGGGGCUAUGUCUUUGGAGGUGUCUGUGACGUAGAAGAAACAGAAGAAGAAUUGCGCGGAGAGAUGAGCGACGAACUGCAAUUACUGGAUUUGGAGACUUGUAGGUGGCAUCCUGUUACCCUGAAAACUGAACAUGUUCCUCCAAGUGUGCCUAAUCAAGUACAAAGUGUCUCUUCAGCAGAAAUACUUGAAACACCUGUUACAGUGGUGACAGACGAAGUGUUCACAAUGAAACUUGGUGGCUCUACCGUUACCCCAAUGGAUACCACUGUUACAAUUACUCCACCGAAGACCAAGCAAGGACCCUCGGCUCGUAUGUCUGCUAUGAUGGCCGUUCAACGGUCUGUGCUCUUUGUCUAUGGUGGUGUUUUGGAAAAGGACGAAAAACAAUUCUAUCUCGGAGAUAUGUAUAGCUUAGAUCUUCACAAAUUAAAUGAAUGGAAGACAAUCAUAGAACAACCAAUGCUACCAGAUUGGCUGGGUUCCGACUCAGAAGAGGAUUCAGGAUCAGAAAGUGAGACAGACAGUGAUGACUCUGAAGAAGACUAA